GCUAGAGCUAGCGCAAGCAAGCGAAGUUGCCGGUGUGGAGGGCAGAUCGACGAGCUCUGGGCAUCCUCAGACGGAAGGCGUAGCAUGCGGCUGCGCCCUCCGUCUGUGGAUGUUUCGGAUGCGCAGCUCUGCCCUCGUCUACGACUCUCGCGCUUGCUCGUGCUUCUUAUGCCUCGCUCGCCUCGCGUGUCUGCAUUCCGGCGGCAUCGCUCGACGUCGUCCUGCGCGUCGCUCAAGCUACGCGCGACGGCUCGCGGCGCGCAUGCAAGGCGCAGGCGCUCGGCUCGGCGAAGCAGUACCCGUGGCGCAUCGCGAACACCGCCUCGAGCGAAGCGGGGCAAGCGCCAGCAAGCAGGACCGCCGCCUGACAGCAGACCACAAGUGAUCGGACUUAGCCGCAGACGGGGCGCGCAGACGCAUGCUGCGCCGCCCCGUCUGAGGCUAAGUCUUGAUUGCCUUCGAUUUGCUAUCGGGUGCAGCGUUCUCGCUUCCUUGCACUUGUCCUUCUUUCGCCGCUCGCGUCGCCGCUCUGCGUCUCACGGCGUCGCUCGACGUCGUGCGGCUUACGCUCAGUCCGCUAUGCCGGGCACUUGCAAGCAGGCUGCUCCCGCUCGCAGUAGACGGCAUCGAGAGUCACGCAGAGACGGCAAAUGCAUCACAUUGUACAUCAGCUCCGUCCCAUGCCGCUAUUCUGACCUCCGCCGCCGCCGCCACUGGCGGAUGGCAAGCGAGACGAGGCGGCCGCAUGAUCCUUGGCUUCGGGGAGCUCCAAGCUGGCGCGUGCUGUGUCGAGCGUUCUGCUUGAUGUGACGCGAGCGAGCGCUGCCCUUCAUGGCGCGGGCCGAAGAGGCGAGCAGAUCGCUGGCGAGCCGCUUGGGCAGUAGACGGCGCGGUGGACGAGCGCGCGCUUGGAGAGAGCGCCGGAUGCUGGCGCCCAUGAAGUUCAGAGCUCGAGACGA